AAUCUCCCGUGACCAAUGAGCGGGGUGCUGUCAGGGGUAACCACAUCUGUCAACCGUUCUUGGCCAAUAAAGAGCGGAGCGAGGCGGACCACAGGUGCGCGCCUCUGCGUCCCCUUGGCACAGCGCCCGGGAGAUGCUGGAGAGAGACGCCUAGCUGCCCCGUGGCGCAAAAGAGUUACUGUCAAAGGCAGCCUCCUUUUAACUCCGGCUAUCACUCUGGCUCCGAUAGUUAUGGCGACCGCAACAUCCAACCACUAUAGCGUCCUCACCACCCCCAGCAGCGCGCCGCCGCCGCACUCGGAGUCCGGGAGCAUGCAGCAGGCGGCAGCGUACAGGGACGCGCACACCCUGCUCCAGAACGACUAUAGCACGUUACCGGGCGGUGGACAUCCGCUCAGCCACGCGCACCAGUGGAUAACGGCGCUGUCUCACGGUGACAGCGGGGCGCCCUGGCCAUCUAGUCCCCUCGGAGAACAGGACGUGAAGCCCGUGCUGCACGACAGUGACCGAGAGGAGCUGCAGAACUCCAGCAGUCUGCAGCAGCAGCAACAGCAGCAGCAGCAGCAGCAGCAACAGCGACACCCUCACCUAGCGCACCAGCAGGCGCAUCACGACGCCAGAGCAUGGCGAACCAGCACAGCCACCACGCACAUCCCCGGUAUGGCGACAUCUGAGGGCCAGAGCCUGGUGUAUUCCCAGUCCGGCUUCGGUCUGAUGCCGGGGGGAGAGCAAGGGGGGAUGCACCACCACCCCCUGCGGGACGAGGACCACCACAGCCACAGCCCGCACCUCAGUGAGCACGGAGGCGGCCCUGGGGCCCACCAGCAGUCUCUCUCACACCAUCACCAGCACGGGGGCCAUCCGGACCACUCGGACGAGGACACACCGACCUCCGACGAGUUGGAGCAGUUUGCCAAGCAGUUCAAGCAGCGACGCAUCAAGCUGGGCUUCACCCAGGCGGACGUGGGACUGGCUCUCGGGACGCUGUACGGGAACGUCUUUUCUCAGACCACCAUUUGCAGGUUCGAGGCGCUUCAACUCAGCUUCAAAAACAUGUGUAAACUCAAGCCCUUGUUGAACAAGUGGCUGGAGGAGGCGGACUCCACCUCGGGGAGCCCCACGAGCCUGGAUAAAAUCGCGGCACAGGGGAGGAAAAGGAAAAAGAGGACCUCCAUCGAGGUGGGCGUCAAAGGGGCUCUGGAGAGCCAUUUUCUCAAAUGUCCAAAACCGGGAGCAGCGGAGAUCAACUCCCUCGCGGACAGCCUGCAGCUGGAGAAGGAGGUGGUGAGGGUUUGGUUUUGUAACAGGCGGCAGAAGGAGAAGAGGAUGACACCCGCUGGGGGACAGAUACCAGGAGGGGAGGACAUGUACGGGGACACCCCUCCUCACCACGGAGGACAAACUCCUGUGCAGUGACCCCUGCGCGUUAUGAGCAGAACACGGACCCGUUAACGGAGGAAUAACGCCUCCUUUAUUUGUUUGAUUCUCUGUGCUGGACCCGCUCGGAACUGGACCUCAGCCAGUUUAAAUGUUGGACCCACGGACACACACACACACACACACACACACACAGUGGGGAUAUACAGUGGCACUCAAGCACUAAAAAUACGCAUAGCAGAGAGGCUUGUGUGGAGAGGUUUCCUGCCUGCCUGCCGCGGAAUAUCGGGAUACAGCUGGUGUGUGCUAACCAAAAAAAUAAAAAAUUAAAAAAUAAAUAUAGAACAAAAAAAAACAAAAUAAUAAA